AACUUAGCAGAAAUCGAGCAGCAUCAAAUUGCCAGAUUAGUUGAUGGACUGAUAAAAGACAUCAAGAAAAAGGUAAAUCUACAGCCAAUUUAUUACCUCAUAGAAGUUGUGGCAUUGGCAAGGAAGGUUGAAGACAAUAGUUCCAGCAAGAAAAUGGGAGUUAAUACUAGAAGACUACCAUGGGGCUGAAACAACAAGGGUACAUGAGAAAUGUGGCUGACACACAAAGAAAUGGCAAACCGGUGGCCCCUCCACUAGUAAAACUGAUAAAGAAAAAGAAGAGGCCUUCCAACGACCAGCAGCAAGCAAAGAAUAUUGAUGGCAUGGGCACAAAGAAAUCCAACAUCUAUAAAUGGCCAACUAUGGAUAAGUGCUUUGGUGUAGACAACAAGGAUGUCUAUCCAAUGAAUGCCCUCAAAGGAAACCAUAGCCAUUUCAAGAAAACGAUCAAGAUUAUGAAGAGGAGGCCAAAGAAGAAGUUUCUUACGUGGAAGCCGAUGAUGGAGAGCAUUUAUCCAGCGUUGUCCGAAGAAUAUUACUCACCCCCACAAAUGAUUCUCAUCCACAAUGACAUGCUCUCUUUAGGAUGCGUUGCACUAUUAAUGUUAAUGAGGAAAAAUCAGGUAUCGUUAAUGCAUUGCAGGACCACUGCUCACAUGAUCAGCCUCUAUUACUGCAGAAAGGCCUUGGAUUCAACUGUCUUUUCCAAUGCUCCUCCUACAGUCAAAGAAAUUCCUUUUCAGACCACUGAGAUGCAUUUUGGCGAUUCCCUUAACGCACUUGCGUCUUCUAAGUCCCUAAGUAUUAAGAAUUGUUUUAUUGCAGCUUAUUUCGUGUGCUAUACUCGAAGAAAAGUGCACCAUUCCUCAGCUUCUCCAUUCUCCAAGAUUACUCCUUUGAAUCCAAUCAAAGAAAAUGUUCAAUUAUUUUGGUCUCGUAUGUUCAGAAAAUUGUCCUUCAAAAUUGCAGUCAACAAGAAUUUACUGUAAAGAUCAUGAUUGUAUUUUCAGUGGAGUUACUUUUUCAUCAAAGCAUUCUACUCCGCAUUCUCUUUCAUAUUUUGUUGAUGAAUCUGACAUUGCGUCUUAAGUUAGUUUGUGUAGUGUGGAAUCUGUCAUUCAGCCUAUGGAGAAUAAAAUUGAUGAUACUGGUGUAGAAGAUUCUUUUGAUGAUGAGUUAGUGUCAUUAUUUCAUGAAAGAGACAAUGUCAUCCCUAAUUCUACUCCUUCAUCAGUGUCGGGAAAAUUUGAUUCUCUAAUUGAAUCUUGUGGUCUUGAGAUGCGUGAAAUUGCUCCAAUGGAUUCAUAAGGAAUUCGUUUUUUAUGCUUGUUUGUUCUCUUGAGGUUUGGGUUCAGUUAUUUUCUCUUGGUGUUUUGGGCUCAAUUUUGCUUCUCCUCUGGGUGGUUUUUCUAUUUGAAGAUGUCUUUGGAUCAAUUUUCCGUGGGCGGCCUUUUGUGUUGUGCUUGGUUAUUUUGGCUCUUUUAUUGCUAUUUCUCUUUGUUUUGUUCAUCGGUGUUCAUUCAAUCUAUGAAUCACUUUUUUUUUGUCCAUUAUUGAGUCUCAGUAGUGGUUCAUAUUGUGUUUCAUUCGGUUCAUUUUUUCACUCCCUUGUGGAGUUUAUAUCUUUGAACAUUUGUCUCUUUUCAUUUAUUCAAUCAAAAGUUCUAUUCUUCUUUUAAAUAAAAAAGGAAAAAAAAAUUACAAUAACGGUUUACAAUAAAUAUUACUAGAAAACAUAAAACCAAUACUCCCACUCAAGCUAGUUUGAAGAAGUCUUCCAUAGCGAACUUGUUUAUCAAAUUAUUGCAUAUUACUCUUGCAUUAAUUCUGUUUUAUAAAAUGUUUAUCUAUCUCAAUAUUUUUUAUCCUAUCAAGUAGAACCGAACUGCGGGUUAUGAUGAAGAUGACAGUUUUGUUGCCACAGUAAAUAUGCAUAGGUAUUCUUUAGAGAGCGUCAACUCCUCACGAAUUCUUUUUAUCCAUAUAUUCUCGCAAAUACAUGGAUUAAAAACUCUAAACUCUACUUCACACUACUUCUUGUUACUACAUUUUGUUUUUUGUUUCUCCCGGUAACUAGGCUGCCUCCAAUAAAAGAGCAAUGACCAAAUGUAGAUCGCUAUCUACUAUACCAUCUUGCCAAACAGAACCAAUGUAAACUUCAACUUGCAAAUGACCAAACUUUUUAAACAGUAUCCUUUGUCUGGAUUGAGACACAAGAGCGUAGGAAGUGGCUUACCAUGCUCAAUGCAAAGGCAAUAUCAGAACGUGUGUGAGACAAAGAAAUGAGUCUAUCCACAAGUCUAAUAUUUCUCUUUAUUUUUAAUCUUUUCAUCUGAUGCAACUUGCAACUUCAAAUUCAGCUCAAUAGGAGUUUCAACUAUUUUACAACUACUCUGCCACCAAGAAAACUUGUCUCUUUAAGUUAAUAAUAUAUUUCCUCUUAUAUUCGGCUCAAUAGGAGUUUCAACGACUCUACAACCAAGAAAACUUGUCUCUUUAAGUAAGUCAAUAACAUAUUUCCUCAGGUCAACUAAAAAUUCCUUUUUUGAUCUAGUGAAUUUCAUCUCUAGGAAAUACUUUUAAAGUAACCAGAUCCUUAAUCUGAAAUUUACUAGUUAGCCUUCUUUUCAAAAUAGUCAAUCUGUCUUCAUCAUUACCUGUGAAGAUAAUAUCAUCAACAGGCACAAUCAACAUGAUAACUUUGUCGUUUCCGCUGUGCUUAUAAAACAAUGAAUGAUCUGCUUGAUUUAAAAGAAAACCAUUGCUAGUGACUGCUUCCUCAAAACAUUCAACUCAUGCUCUAGGCAGCUAUUUAGGGCCGUGAAGAGAUUUCUUUAGUUUACACGCUUUGUUAUUUUCAUCAUCCAUCUCAGAACCAAGAGCUAAAUUCAUAAUUACUUCUUCCUCUAGAUCUCCAUAGAAAAACACAUCCUUAACAUCAAAGCGAAGAGGUCAAUCUAAAUUGACAACCUAGCUUUGUACUUCUCAACACUACCAUUAGAAUUACAUUUUAUAAUAAAACUUAUUUGCAUCCAACAGAUUUCUUAUCCUUCGGUAAAUUUACAAUGUCCCAUGUGCUAACUUGUUCUAGAGCUUUCACCUAGUACAAAUUUCCAAUUAGAAUCAUCAUUCAAGGUCUUUGUAUAUUCGUUGAAACAAACAAUUCAUUUUAGUUGACAAGCAUUUCACAAAAGAGAAAAUUGAUGCAAGUGUAAUAUAUUACCUUUAUCUUUUGAAAACUAACCCAAUUACGAUGUCUAACUAAUGGGCUUCCAAAAGGCAAAUCAGACAAAUGGAUCAGCAACAAAAUAUUGAAGACAUCAAACCAGCUAUGGAGAGCAUUAGAUUUUACUUUAUAAUGGUUGUAAAUAUUAGUUGUCCGUAUUUAGUGAUACUUAUGAUAUCAUUAGUCUAGUUUUUUCUUCAUCGGUAGAUGGUACUUUUCCUGAGAUAUAAGUGAGUUUACACUAUAAUUGCUAAAAGGUAGAACAAGUUAUAUAUUUACUUACGAUAUUUAACCAAAACAUUUAAAUUGAAUUGAAGACUAAUUCUAAAUCUUGCUAACAUAAAUCUGCAUGGAAAUAAUUCCAACCAAAAUCUAAACCACUUUGAAAUAUAUAUACAAACAUACAUAUAUACAUGCAUGCAUAAAAUGAGA